AUGAAUGUGCCUCAAGGUGCUGCGUCCAUGUCCGCUCCGACGCCGCCUUUCUCGCCAGGUACGGAACAUCUCGAUCAUCUACAUUCCCAGAAAGCUGUCACAUCCUUCCCUUCUAAGGCUCUGCCUACCCCUCCAAUACACAACUAUGGCGGGGAAAAUGUGGCCAGUAACCUGACCAUUGAAUCAGAUGUAGCCAACCGCUCUGCUUCGCAGCUCUCGAUUCAAACGACACCAGGACCCGACGACUCUCAUCUGAGUACGCCACGACCCGCAACUCGCGAUGCUUUUGCGCAAGCAUCGGUGGAGCGUCACCGACAAUUCGUCGAGAAAGAGUCGGCGGCUGAGACGGAUCAAGAGAGACUUGAGCUCUUUGCGGAGUUCAUCGUGCGUGAGUCAAGGCUGCGUCGUGAUCGUUACUCGAGUGCGUUCGACGCAAUGGCGGGAGACAUCAUGGAUUUGACACACUCGUCCCUCGGCAUCGAUGCCUACAACGGCUGCCAGUCCUGCAUCAUCCGUGGGGAACUUUACACCACACACAGAACCUGCUUCGCCAGCCAGCGCAAGCAGUCAGAAGGCGCGCGAUACUUCGUGGACAUGGCAAUGAGCACCAUUCCGGACGAGGAAGGAUCCAGAGGUCGAUCCGCUAGUCGCUGGUGGGAAAGUGAUGGCGGCUCCUCUGUUGGAGGCGAUAGAAGACUAGAGAGGAGCAAGAGGGAGUCCAAGUACAUGAGUCUGCAGAAGGAGAACCUACAAUGGACAGAUCUCGAAGAUGUCAAAAACACCAAAAGCACUUUUGCAGCUAAGAUCGAAGCUCGCAAGGAGCAGGAAAGCACAUCUCUAUCCGAGAGAAGGGCGGAAUUACGCUACAAUAUCCAAGACAACGUACGCACGGGUGUUAUGAGCUUCGCAGACGCAGCGAAAGCAGAAGCCGACUUCGACACUCGUGAACAUCAGCGCGCUCAGGACGUCGUCCAGUGGAUCUUCGAUACAUUCCAGGCCGAGGUCGCUAACUCACUGCAUGCAAUGUUCUGUGAGCGGAUUACCAAAGUGUCAGCAUCGAUAGAACACCUCAAAGGUCGCCUGUGUAGCGAUGCGCAAGAUACGAAUCCGAACCAGACACAAGAAGAGGGAGACGAAAAGCCAGAGCUCCUGGAAAUAUUGACGUUGCUGAAAUGGCUAUUUGAGGCCCGCGAGCUAUUGCAUAAGGAGAUGUUCGAACUGGAGAACGAACGCAACGAUCUAUAUCGAGACAUCAUUGUCUUGCCGUACGUCCAGGCGAAGAACGACCAGAAAGUCAAGGAAGCCACAGACUUCUUCCAGCGCGACGCACAAGACCGCAAAGUGACUUUCGAGAAGGACAUUCUGAAGAGGUAUGAGGACAUUUUGGCGAUUAUCGAGCAGAAUGUGACUCGAGGCGUCGAGGCCCAAUUAUCGGCCUUCUGGGACAUUGCGCCCGGGCUACUCGCAAUCGUACAGCAGGUGCCGUUACGGCUGCAUAAAUUUGAAGUCCUGGUACCCCAACAAGAAUAUGAGGAGACUCCGGCCUACCAUGACUAUCCCUUGCAGUACCUCUACAGUCUGCUUGCGCAUGCUGGUCGCUCUGCCUACCAGUUCAUCGAAUCACAGAUCAACCUGCUCUGCCUGCUGCACGAGGUCAAGACAGCAGUCAUGACUGCAGGUUCCCGUCUGCUUGAGACUCAAAGGCUGCUCGAAGGCGAAGACCUGGCGGGUGUUGACCAGGAAACUCGAGCGAUCAGGGCAGACGAGGAGCGACGACUCACGGACGACUUGAAGGAGAAAGUCGGCCUGGUAGAGAGCCAAUGGAACGAAGCGCUUGGCCAGGGCUUGGAAGAGUGCAAAAGCCGAGUGGAAGACUUCCUGACCGAACAAGGUGGUUGGGACGAUAGUCUGAGGGAAUAG